CUUCCCAUCAAUUUCCGAUUUUAUAAUUUCGAACUAUUGUGUUUUCACAGCAAAGAGAAAGAAGAGUGUGAACAAAUCCGACUCAUCCAACAAUGCUAUUUUCUAAGAACAUCCCAGAGACCAAGGUAUGCGCCCCGUGCGUCACCGCCACCCCGGUCCUUUUCAAAGAUUUCAACAAGACUACCAAGGACCUUUUGACGAAAAACUUUUGCGCGCCUGGGUCAUGGAAGGUGGAAUCCAAGUAUAAAGGCCCGAAAGAUUCUCUUUUUGUCAACCCACAGGCCGGUUCCGAUGGCUCCAUGUCCGUGGAUGUCGAGUACGCGUUCUCUCAGCAGCCCGUUUCCGUGAAGCUCAACGUGACGCCCUCUUUGCACGAAAACGCGAAGCUCACUCUCAGCUGCAACAAGAAGGGCCAUAAGCUGGAGACGGUUUUGCACAAGAAGGAGAGAAAUCUGGUUGACUAUGAGCUCAUCCACGAGGCCUGCAACGUCGUGAAACGCGUGAGCAUGCACGAAAAGCUCACCAAGCAGGUGCUUGAGGUUGGGCUUGGGGUGGAGGUGGUGCCGAACUGCCACAUCGGCUGUGGCACCGUCUACAGGUUGAAGGAGUGUAUGUGCGAUUGGAACGUCGGCUGCCGCUGGGCGGAUAAGGGCUACGAGGUCUCCCUAUUUUCGAAUCGUCAGAAAGCCCACACGGCCAACAUUGUCCUACCCUUGAGUCUCACUCUGGGAGAGAGGAAACUCAGGGCUCUGGUCGCAGGGGAGACGAUGUUCAGGACCCCGGCGAAAACCUUCGACUACGCGGUCGGCGUUUCGGCCACCUGCCCGAUGUUCCCGUUGAACACCAUCAAGGCUAAGAUCGAUCACAACCUCAAGUGGGCGGUUUCGUACGUUCUGAAGACAGAGGAUAACUGGGCGGUAACGGUUUCUUUGGAUAAGAAUAUGCGUUGCGGUGUGCUACUCUCACAUAGUUAG